CACAGUAUUCCGAAAUGCUACAAAUUACUCGAGAGAGAGGUACAUCCACUCAUUCUCCCACCUUCCAACCGUUUACUGCUUCAACCUGUGUUGCAGCACUGCUCUGCAUUUCGACAUGUCGCACAGCUUCCGCUUUAUCGUCAACGUGUCGCAUCCGGCGGACGCUGUAUCAAGAAAAUCACAGCGAAAGUCGGCCCGCUCGCACGCUGCCAGGCAGCAACACGCCAAAGCAAGGAGGCUUCGCACCAUCCACUACCAGGCCAGCAAGGCGCGCCCAAACAGCGAAGCAUCCGAUGCAGCCGUCGAAUCCGCGCCGUCAAGGGUGGUCUCAGAGUCUCCGACGCUCAGCCUGGAGCUGUCAUCCAGCCGCCGAGACCCGUUCAUGAGCUUCGCAAGCCCCCUCAAACCCCUCGAACACUUUCUUCUCGACCACUUUGUGACCGCCGUCAUCCCCGCGAUGCGCUGCACAGAAGAAACAACCAGCUACGCCGAGGCCAUGACGACAUCCUGGGUUCCGUUUGCGCUGUCCGACAAAUAUCUCCUCAAGACCCUGUUUCUGACCGCUUGCCGGCAUCUAUGCCAGGUCUAUCAGCAAUCGAGCCGGCAACAUGCCUUUUACCAAAGGGCGGUGCAAUACAAGGUUGACUGCGUCCAGGCGGUCCGAAACGCCAUCGCGGUUCAGACGCCGCCGUAUAGCCAGGCGCUUGUCGCGACGGUGGUGAUGCUGGCAUUCGAUGAGGUACGUUUAUGAAUGUGGUGAGCGUGACUCGAUUGAGGCUGGUUAGCUCACACUAAGUUUGAUUAGCUCUUUGUCCGUGAUCCGGCGAGGCUGGAACAACAUGUGAACGGGGCAGUAAAGAUGGUUGAUGUUAAUGGGGGGCUGCAGAC